GUGAUGACGUCACAGGCGGCAGGAAGUUGACGUCACAGCGGUGGAAAAGAAGCAGGAGGUGAAAGUCGACAUUAGAAGACAAAAUGCCGCACGUCUAAGUGUUCCUAAGGGGGGUUUGCACCGAGGGAGCCUCAGUGGUGGUCGCGCAGAAACGCUCCCCACACCAGCAGUCAGGGGAGGGUCCCGAUUGUCCGCCAGGGAGAAGAUGGGCGGCGCCCUCCACUGAUGAGCUGAGCCCCCCCGCAUCCCCGGGGUCACCGCCGACUGCAGCGUGGUGACUCCUCCCCUAAAGACCGGCGCCGGCCUACUAUGGCAAUGCAUGAUAUGAGUGGUUCCAAGGGUUUCCCCUGCAAAGAAUGUGAUAUGGUCUGCCCCAGUACUCCCAGUCUUCUAGAACACAUGAAAGCACAUUACCAGCAAGGAGAGAGUGCACGUUUUGAGUGUGAGCAGUGUGGACGACUUUACAAGCACGCCGCCAGCCUCGCCAACCACAAAAAGUCUCACGAAGUGGGCUCCUUCCAGUGUCCCGUCUGCACCCGCACCCUGCCCAACGCCGUGGCCCUCAAGAACCACCUUCGCAUACACACCUUGUCCCCAAGUAGCGCGCACGCCGAGGAGGAGAGCGAGGAGGCUCCUGAGGAAGGAGGUCAUCACGAGAGGGACUACGGCCUCGCUCAGGACUUAGCGGACGGCUUCGGGCGCCCGCACCUGAACAACAGCGGCCUGCAGGGCCACGAAGCGGACGAGCACGAGAAGAAAGGUUCCCCCGGGUCGGACGACGCCUGGGACCGACCGUUCAAGUGCGACCAGUGUGACAGAAGCUACCGGCACCACGGCAGCUUGGUGAACCACAAGAAGUGUCACCAGCAAGGAAGCUUCAAGUGCUCCGUGUGCUUCAAACAAUUCAGCAACCUGGCCGCCCUCAACAGCCACGAAAGAAGCCACUCCAAGUUCAAGACCCCGGCCGCCCCAAUGGUGAGCGGCAGCAGCGGCAGCCUCCUGGAGUCGGAGCGCCGCGGUGGCAGCUCUCAGGCGUCCCAGAGCGAUAGCUCCUGCUUCUGCCACCUGUGUCAGAUCUCGCUGCCCAACAAGUCCGACUUCCAGGAGCACAUUCUCCUGCACAACACCGCCUCACCGUCUCUUGGACUGUCCCGCAGCUUCCCCGCCAUCAUGCCCCACAAUCUGAGUGCGGUUCGAUCUCCGGCCUACACUCCGGCCCUCGGGGACCCGUUGCCCUUGCCGCCUUUACCCAGUGACAAAAGGGGUCCUUAUGACCCCAUAAUGGGCCCUCCUGUCAAUAAUCCCAUCUAUACGUGUGCGUACUGCGGAGCAGGGCAUCCCGACUUGGAGACUCUUAAAGUCCACUACUUGACGCAUGACCCUCACUCCGCCUCCCACGGCCAGGACAGUUCCAUCCUCAACUCCGAGACGCUAAGUUCCGCUUCCCAGGGCUCAGUGUCUUCCCCUUCUGGAGGCCACGUGGCACAGUCCGGUUCUCCCGAGGACGCGGAUCGUCGCUUUAAGUGUGGCGAGUGUGGCAAGAGCUACCGGCACGCAGGCAGCCUUGUCAACCACAAGCGCUGCCAUCAGACGGGCCACUAUCAGUGUAGCGUCUGUUGCAAGCAGUACCCUCACCUGGCGGCGCUGCACAGCCACCUGCGAAGCCACAAGGGCCGCUCCUCCAACCAGCAGCUCGGCGACGGCAAUGACUGGUUGUCUCCAGAGCCUCUCACGUUGGACUCUCAGCAGAGCUACGUGCAGGAGGGCAGGGGCACCACCACGCCCAUCUCUCUCUCCGCCAGCCUCACUGACGCGGCCCACUUUGUCCCGGAUGCCGGACACAACAGCGCUCUGGACUCACUGGAGUUCCACGAGCGCUUCGACGGCGGCUCGACUCACCGACAGGCCGACCGCCAUGUGUGCGCCGACUGCGGCGAGAUGUACGCCGAUGUGUCAGGCAUUAAGUCCCACAUGUGCCCGCGCCGUGGUCAAGCGGCGCCUCCGCAGCAGAGCAACAUGUCCAACGGCUUCCUGGGCAACAUGAACUACCACAGCACCAGUAGCAACUCCAUGGCCGCCGGCAGCCUGAAGGAGGGAAGCGGCCAACGACCGUACUCUCAGACCGGAGGCAAGAGGAUGGCCACUGCCGACAAGAACGACGAGGAUGACGGGGAAGUCUACCAGUGCUCCGUGUGCGGAAACCACUACGCCAGCCUCAGAGCCUUGCGCAGCCAUCUGCGAAGUCAUGCCAACAAUCCCAGCGGCCCUGGACCGUCCAGCCUGCAGCAGGAUUGGAGGAUGAUCUGCCCCACAUGCGGACAAAGUUUCUCCAGGAAGCAGGACCUCCUAAAUCACCAGCUAGUCCACGGCCCACAAAGACCGGACGGGCAACAACAGGGCAUCGGAGGGACUUCCAGCAAUGGCGGCGACAAGAUGGACGGGCGCAGCCACAUCUGCGUAGACUGUGGUAUGUUUUUUGCCGACCGUCACCACCUGAUCACUCACCUGUGUCCCGGCAAGAAUCGAGCCGGUUCCUUGGCUAAGCAGGGCCUAAACGGAGCCAAAAGGAUGUCCGGAGGUGAGGGCGUCGCCGGAGGAAGCCGCGACUUUGCCGGGAACGGACGUCGGCCAAUGAUGGACCAGAGUGACAAACCCCACAAGUGUGACCAGUGUGGGCGGGGCUACAGGCACCCGUGCUCCCUCCUCAACCACAAGAAGUCCCACAAGACGGGUGUGUUCCGCUGCCUGGUGUGUCAGAAACGUUACUACAACCUGCUGGCCCUCAAGAACCACCAGAGGACUCACUUCGAUCUCAAGAGGCACAAGUGUGAAGAAUGCGGGAAGGCCUUCAAGAUCCAAAAACAGCUCAUCAACCACCUGCGUCUCCACGAGGAACAUCGAGCCAAAGGUCUGGUUCGUAGCGGCCCCAAUGUUUCCCGCUUCCAGCAGCCGGGGCCGUCUCAGCUGCAGAGCAUGCGAGGGGAGUCGUCCAAGGGCCCCGCCCUGAACAUUAAAUAUUCCCAGCAGGGCUUCAAAAAGCCGUACUCGUCCGCCGGAACGUCUCGACCUCAGAAGUUCGACCCGGCCGAGACCGGACGCCGGCCUUUUGCCUGCGAGGAAUGCGGGAAGACCUACAGGCACGCGGGCAGCCUGGCCAAUCACAAGAACCUGCACAAAAUCGGCGAGUACCACUGCAACGUGUGCAACUCCACCUACCCCAACCGGCUGGCCAUGAAGAACCACCUGCGGCUGCACUUCGCCCAGAAGAAGCACAACUGCCAGGAGUGCGGGAAAGGUUUUCGCACUCAGAGGCAGCUGGCCACGCACACCACUGCCGGCUUGUGCAAGGGUCCGCAGGGCCCCGGCGCCCAGAUGGAUUUCGAGUGCGACGGCUGCUGCGAAGGCUUCCCCUCGGCCAACGAGCUGGCGGCGCACGACUGCCCCGCCCAGCACCUGCCCUCGUCCUCGUCGGCCGGCAGCUCCACCAACGUUAGCAUAGAAAGGAGCUCGACGGACCUGGACUCGGACGAGCGGCCGUACGCCUGCGACCUGUGCAGCUGCGCCUACAAGCACGCCAGCUCCUUGCUGAACCACAAGCACACGCACAAAACGGGCAACUUCCGCUGCAACUUCUGCGACAAGCCGUACACCAACUACAUGGCGCUGCGCAACCACAUGCGCAUCCACACGCAGCGCAAGAAGCACAUCUGCCACACCUGCGGCAAAGCCUUCCGCCUGGCCCGCUUCCUCCGCAACCACCAGAAGGUCCACGAGGAGGGCGCCACACCUUUUGGCUGCCCCACCUGCGGGAAGAGUUUCCAGGGGAGGUCGGGCCUGGCCAGACACCGCUGCGGGGACAACCAGGUAGGCAUGGAGGUCCGGAGGAAGCCCACCGCAGCCGCAGGGGAAGGCGAGGAAUGUCGGUACACGUGUGACCAAUGCGGACGCUCCUACCGCCACGCCAGCUCCCUCCUCAACCACAAGAACACCCACACGCUGGGCAUCUACCACUGCGCCGUGUGCCUCAAGACCUACCCCAACCUGCUGGCCCUCAAGAACCACCGUCGCAUCCACUCAGAGACACGCCGCCACCGCUGCCACGACUGCGGCAAAGGUUUCCGCGUCUCCUCGCAGCUCUACAACCACCGGCGGGUGCACCAGAAGCAGCGGGAGCUGACCUGCACCUCGUGCCAGCGCGCCUUCCCUACCCGGGCCAGCUUCCGCUUGCACAUGGAGAUCAGCCACGGCCAGCCGCAAAAGCCACGCCUCCCCCGUCCGCAACCGGGCUGGGGCUCGGGUCUGGACCUCACCUUGAUGCAAGAACAGGGACUGCCGCCCAGGGCGCAUGUCUGUGAUCAGUGUGGGCGGUCCUACCGCCACGCCAGCUCCCUGGUCAAUCACAAGAACAGCCACAAGACCGGGACCUUCUUGUGCAGCUCCUGUCACAAGGAGUUCCCCAACCUGAUGUCCCUCAAGAACCACCGCCGCAUCCACACCGAGCCCAAACGCUACCAGUGUCCCGAGUGCGGCAAGUCCUUCCGCGUGUCCACGCAGCUCGUCUGCCACCGCCGCAUGCACACCAAGGAGAAGCCCUUCAGGUGCACGCGCUGCGACAAGCACUUCUCCUCCAAGUCCAACCUGCGGCACCACAUGAAGGUGCACGCCAACUACCUGCCCGCCGGACCCUUCCUUUAAACGCCGCUCGCCUCAAUGACUAACGAACAGCGCCAUUGACACAAGGGGCGGGGCGAAGCCGAGGCAAGGCGGGGUCUCGUCUUCACUGGUGGCCUUUGUCACAGGUUUUCAUGUAGGGGGCGGAGCUAUACACACCCGCAGCGAACAGUGGCGGUCACAUGACUCACCUUUUUGCUAACGUCACGUGUCAUCGGGCAUGUGAACUCUGACCUGACCUGACCUGACCUGACCUGAGGGCUUUUUCAGGAAAAGGAUUGAAGCUCCGCCUCCUGGCCACUGACCUCAUUUAUUUAUAUGAUUAACAUGUGUAAUGACUAGUGUGUAGUGCUCCUAUUACCCACAAUCCCUCUGUCCAUGUAGCGUGCUGUGUUUAUGGUUAGCAGCUAGAUAGGACAAGGUCAUGUGACGUGCGUGCGCUUCCUCUCAGUCAUGUGACCUUUUCUAAACAACUUUUAUAACCUUUAACCUCUACUCACAAUAAAUAGAUGACUACCA